AUGGGGGUUCUCGCGAUCCUUGGUGAGACUGUCAAGACUGUAGAAUGUUUUAUCACCAUCACAACCGCCAGUGCCACCAAGUGCAAUGGUUCUACGAUUGGUGAUUGCAUUCCGAUAAAUGAAGAGUUUCUGAUGGAAUCAGAAAUAAGCAGAAGGAUUUUGGCUCAAAGGUACCCAGGGAUCACUUACAAAACUUCCAACGCAGCCAAACCCUUCUGCGAUGCAAAUGCAUACCAUAGUUGUAUUGAUAAUAAGAACACGAAUUUCAAUAAACGCCCUUGUAACUCCGUAAUCUCUGCGAAACUCUUCAUUUAUCGAAAUGCAGUCACCAAUCGUGGAACCGUUGCACUUGGUGGCGCUGGCGGUUGUGGUGGUGCUGAAACAUUCUAUAGUCUUGACAGUCUCGCCAAGGAUCGCGAGAACGCCCACUAUAAAGUAAAGGAAGUUCAUGUCUCUCUUCAAAAAAAUCUCAAAUAA